CUGAUCUGCCCUUUCCCCAGCGGCUUCUUCUACUCAAUCUUCCGAGGCCGUGCAGGAGUCGGGGUGGAUGUGCUCUCCCUGCCCGGGGGCCCCGAAGCCGGGGGCUUCGCUCCUCUUCUGGACUUUAUGUACACGUCGCGCCUGCGCCUCUCUCCGGCCACCGCGCCAGCCGUUCUCGCGGCCGCCACCUAUUUGCAGAUGGAUCAUGUGGUCCAGGCGUGCCACCGCUUCAUUCAGGCCAGCUACGAACCUCUGGGCAUCUCCCUGCGGCCCCUGGAGGCAGAGCCCCCCACGCCCCCAACGGCCCGUCCACCAGGCAGUCCCAGGUGCUCCGAAGGGCACCCAGACCCACCUACUGAGUCUCGCAGCUGCAGUCAAGGCCUCCCCAGUCCAGGCAGCCCCGACCCCAAGGCCUGCAACUGGAAAAAAUACAAGUUCAUCGUGCUAAACUCUCAGGCCUCCCAAGCAGGGAGCCUGGUUGGGGAGAGGAGUUCUGGUCAACUUUGCCCCCAAACUGGGCUCCCCAGUGGAGAUGAGGCUUCCAGCAGCAGCAGUGGCAGCGAAGAAGGACCCAUUCCCGGUCCCCAGAGCAGGCUCUCUCCAACUGCUGUACAGUUCAAAUGUGGGGCUCCAGUCAAUACCCCCCAUCUCACACCCCGGGCCCAAGAAGCCACUGCAUCCUCUCCCUCCGGGCGGGCUCGUCCACCACCAGGAAGUGAAUUUUUCAGCUGCCAGAACUGUGAAGCUGUGGCUGGGUGCUCAUCAGGGCUGGACCCCUUGGCUCCUGGGGAUGAGGACAAGCCCUACAAGUGUCAGCUCUGCCGGUCUGCCUUCCGCUACAAGGGCAACCUGGCCAGUCACCGCACGGUGCACACAGGGGAAAAGCCCUACCACUGCUCCAUCUGCGGGGCCCGCUUUAACCGGCCGGCGAACCUGAAAACGCACAGCCGCAUCCAUUCGGGAGAGAAGCCCUACAAGUGCGAGACGUGUGGCUCCCGCUUUGUACAGGUAGCACAUCUGCGCGCGCACGUGCUGAUCCACACCGGGGAGAAGCCCUAUCCUUGCCCCACAUGCGGGACUCGCUUCCGGCACCUACAGACCCUCAAAAGCCAUGUUCGCAUCCACACGGGGGAGAAGCCUUACCACUGCGACCCCUGUGGCCUGCAUUUCCGGCACAAGAGUCAACUGCGGCUGCAUCUGCGCCAGAAACACGGAGCUGCUACCAACACCAAAGUGCACUACCACAUGCUGGGGGGGCCCUAGCUGAGCGACGGGCCGGCCCCAGUCACUUUCUGGAAGCCAGGGAAGCUGCUGGCCCACCCCUGGCUUCUCUGUCAGAUUUGGGCAUGGGGGGUGCAAGGCCCCUCCAUUCUCAGAAACUGCUACCACCUUCAUUUCUCACUGGGGAGAGCAGGGGUGGCAGAUCAGGAUUCGAUCUGCCUCUGUUUUGCUGGUCAAAACCUCUUCCCCCCUAUCAAUUGUUUCUGAGGAAAGAGCAAGCUAGGAACUGGGGAGGGAAAAGGUGGAGGCCUGGUUUUCGUAAGGGAACAGUCCUCCACCUGCAGUCCCCAUCUCAUUCGGUUUGUCUGUAAAUAUAAUUUAUUGAGGCCUUUGGGUGGCACCCGGGCCUUCAUUCUAUUGCAUUUCCUAGCUCCCUCUUCCUAGUGUGAUCGGUGACCUGAGACA